AUGGCAUCUAACCAGCAGAGAAAUAUUGAUGAGCUCUUCCGCUCCUUGGAGCGCUCUCAAGAGCAGUACCUCAAGAAUCUGAAAGCCUUGCACGAGGCUACGAUCUCCUAUCGUGGCCAUGGCGCCUCCGGAAGUCAGCGCAUGGAGAGGACAGGAAGCAAUGACAGAUCACCCCAAUCCCCAAACCUGAGGACAACUUCUACCUCCGGAGACACGACCCCAGUACCGCUCUCUAGGGCAACCUUCGCCAGCGAGACAGCCUCAUUGCAACUCAGUCCCGUCGAUAGAAGGCCACGGAGGCUCACCAAUGAGUUAGCAGACCGUAGGCGCUUCAACAAUCUGGCAAACGAGGUGUUCGACGGCUCUGGGUGGGAGAGUGACGAUGACUCGAGCAGUUUUACACCAUUGCCUCUCCUGCCACACACCGUGGCGCGAAGUCCAUCACUCCCAGUAGACUCGACUUUAUGGCCGCGGGUCCAGAAAACCUUAACACAGAAGUCGUAUACGCCGUCUGACCUGGUUAGCCAUCUGCAGAGUAUCACGGAUGAUAAGGAAGCAACCCUUGCUGUGCUCGGGGAAGUCAUUCGUCAAUGCGAAGCAACGACUCUCUUUGGUGGCAGCGACUCGGAUUCCCUAGCGGCUGAUAACGUGGCCUCCACAUAUGAAGUCUACGAUAUCGACAAGAAUGGACAGGCUACUACAAUGCAUGAUGAUCGAGGCACUGCCGAAGAUGAAGUGCUUGAUCCUGCUGUUGUAUGGGAUACUGUCAAGGUGCGCUUCGACGCCACGAUUAUCCUCAGAAGGCUCAAUACGCUGAUAAGGAUGCAGAAUGUCAACCUUGACGACAAUACUGUAGGACGUGUAACGGAAAUCAAGGCAAAACAACUGCGUAUAUGCACCGAGCAGCUGAAGCAAACCCCAUACACCAAACAGUAUGACCACCGCCCCGCAGACAAGAAAGCGCCGGACCAUAUCAAUAUUACAGAGUGUAGCUCAGUUCUCGCUCUUGCACUUGAGGGCGAGCCUGUCAACAAGGUGCCGAUGCGAAGGGGCAGGAGGAAGGGCUCGAGGCUGGGCGCUGUUUACGACACCUUCGCUCCUUAUCACCUGCUCAACAUCCAGUGCUUUCCGGAUCAUAUUCACGCAGAAAAUGAGUCCAUCAGAAAGCCAUUCUACUACAACGGGCCUUAUGUAUUCCUAAAUCGUCUGGUUGCCGAGUACAAGGACGCAACGAAAAGGUACCUCCAACUCAACGAUCGAAUUGAGAAGCUGAUUACCCCUCCGCAUCAAUUCAUGUUCGACGUCAAGCUCCGAGACAAGCUGCUCUUCGAGGACGCAGACUUCACCUUCAGCCGGCGGUAUUUCUGGGCCUAUAACUCCCUUGGUGUCAUCAAUGACGGAAUCAAGUCCAUGAUCAGCGCCUACACAGACACAUUCACGCCUGAAUUCUGGGCAGGGCGCGACCGCACGCUGUGGCCACAUCCAGAGCCGGACAGCGUCGAAGGGAGGAACUACCUGGGGCAGCUGGGCACGCUGCGCCAGGAGCUUGAGCAUGUCAUCGAGGACCUGAAGCAGGUCUUCAAGGCGAACGAGCUUGUCCGGCAAGAAAUCGUCAGCCUGCGGGAGCAGCUUUUUAGCGGAAGCUCGGUCAAGGAAAGCCGCAGGGCGAUCGAGCAAGGCGACAACAUCAAGAUACUCACCGGCGUAUCGAUGUUGUUCCUGCCUUUGACCUUUGUCACAUCCGUGUUCGGCAUAACCGAGUUUACAAUUUCCGCCGACGACUGGCGCUUCCCUGUUACCAUGGUUGGAGUAUGCGUCCCCUUCUUUCUACUGAUCUUCAUCUUGCAGACGCGCGGUGGAAUGCGCGCAGUACGCAAGAUUGGCGAUUUUAUCGAGGCCAACAUGGGAAGGUGGAGUGAUCGCUCGCGGAGCCGCCACGAGAGACGGCUCCAGCUUCAGCAGCAGCUCAUGCAGGCGGCAGAGUCCCAGGCCUCAGCCGUCGGUGGAAAGAGGCGGAUGAGCCUUAGAAGAGGCACCAAGCGCCGCAAGACCGGCAUUGCUGGCCCCCAGGCUAGCGGGGUGAUCAAUGGUGUUUCUGUGCCCGUUCAGCAGAAGGGGAAGUGGUGGGUGCGCCUGAGGGGCAAAGAAGAGAGCACGGCUGUGCACAACGGCCUGAUUGUGUAG